AUGGAAGUGACUACUGUUGACAUGGAGACACCCAACUCAGGCCACCAUCAUCGUCGCUCCACAGUCCGGCGACUCCGGGCCACUGCAACCGGCUCCACCACGGCACCAAAUCCAGCCUACACCACGUGGAUACAGCAGGAUCAGUCGAUCCUGUCGCUGAUCAUCUCCUCCCUCUCCGACGAGGUAAUGCACCCCACCGUUGGCAAGAACACCGCCCGGGAGGUGUGGCCCUCUAUCACUUCAGCUUUGGACUCCUCCAUGCGAGCUCGCUGUCUCAGCCUAUUAGGGCAGUUCCAGACGCUGAGGCAAGGGAACGGAUCGCCGGCUGAAUAUUUCAGAAGGGCGCAACAACUGGUUGAGGCCGUAUCUCUCGCCGGCCGGCCACUCUCUUUGGAUGAACAGAUUCUGUACGUCCUCCGAGGGCUCCAACCAGAUUAUCAUUUGAUGGCUAGCUCCCUGACUGUGACUGGUACUCCCAUCACAUUUUCGCAACUGUCGGACUUGCUACAGGCGCACGAGUUCAUUAACUCUAACAAGUUUCCGACCGUCGACCAUCCAGAAGCCACUGGCUCUCCCUUGGCUUUCUUUGCAGGUCGCAGGAAUUCCAAUUCCGGCGGGAGGCAGAAUUCGAACGACGGCGGCAGAGGUGGUCGUGGCGGAGGAGGCCGUGGCUGA